CCGGCCCGGCCGUGCCUGACGCGCUCUCUCUGUCUCUCCCUUAGGACGCUGCUGAUGAACGCCGGCGCCGUGCUCAACUUCAGGCUGAGGAAGAGAGACACGGAGGGCUUCGGCGAGGAGUCGAGGGAACCCACGACCGGUGAUAAUAUCAGAGAGUUUUUGCUGAGUCUCAGGUAUUUUCGAAUCUUCAUUGCCUUGUGGAAUGUCUUCAUGAUGUUCUGCAUGAUUGUGUUAUUUGGAUCUUGAAAGUCAUCCACAAACGUGUCUGUUAACUUGGAAGAGACUUUUGGCUGGAAACAUAACUUUUCUAUAAAGUAAACGAUUACAAUGCUUUCAAAAUACAGUCCUGGGAUUGUGGCCUGUUCUUCUGUACAAGCUCCUAACACGCUCCAGGGACAGGAGACGUUCAUCCUCUUCAGCCGGUCGUGUAAUAAUACGGUGCGUGCCGGUUCGCUUGCUGCCGGCAGGAUUGAGCCUUUAGGCCCCUGAACCAAAAUCUUCAAAGUAAAAUUAUUUCAACUUCGCUGAAAUAAAGAGAACUUUAAAUUGUUUUGCUAGGCUUAGAGUGCAGUGCCUAGUAUGCAGGGUAGAAUUGCGGCAUGGCUGAAGACCACAGGCUUAAAACUCUGUGUUGUUAGUUGCUCCCAGCUCCUGAUGCGUCUGCUGAUGUCACCAUUGGCUAGGUUACUUGGAAGUCGUACUUCUUAAUUCUCAUUUUUAUAAAGUUGAGCAAAGCAUUGGUGUAACUUCGCACCGUUCCAUCUAGUUUUGUUGGAGAAAUAGAAAAGGAUGAUUAAGAAAAAUUGGGUUCUCACCUUCUGUUUUUCCAACAAAAUGCUUUUUAAAUUAAAAUUUCAAAGAUAAGAUUUUUUUUCUAAGCAAUAUGUAAGGGAUUUUUGAAUAGGAAAAACAGCAAAAAUAAUUCUGUAAGCCAAUCCUAAGGAAUAGGUUUGGAAUAAUCUUGGAUUUGGUUGAAUAAAGUUGUUCUAUUUAAGGG